CCGAGUAUCCCCCAGGCUGCCUCUCCUGAGUCCUCUCGUACCAAAAAUGUCUCAAUGCAUCGUUUGCUGGAUGAGGGAAUUGAGGCGCUUCCGCAGGGACCUCAGCGUCUCUCAGACAUAACGAGAAGCUCAGAAACUGUUGCAUUGCCCAGCGAAAUGCCACUUGGAAGCUACGUGCAUCUGAGAGAGCCGCCUCAGUGGGGCGUGAUCAAGAUCUCAAACAUUCCAUAUUCCAUUACCAAGCAGGAGAUCGUGCAAUUCGUUGGCCGACAGGCGCGGCUUAUCGCGUCUAAUCAGGGAUGUCCGAUCCAUAUCAUCAUGGAGCGUUCUACUGCUAAGACUAUGGACUGCUACGUUGAACUUGAAACUACGGCCAAUGCCGAGGAGACAGUCAACCGGAUCAAUCGUAUCUAUGAGACUGGUCGCCCUCCCCGUCUAGGCAAUAGACAUGUUGAUGUUGAGUUCAGCAGCCAGGAUGCUCUGCUAAAGGAUCUCUUUCCGCGGGCCAAGUGUGUCGUGUGGGAAAACGGCAUUCCUUUUGCCCUUGCCAACACUGAUCCCUAUUCCACUGGAUUUGCUGGUUUUCUCACCAGCGAGGAAGUUGUUGGCGCUAUCAGACACGCAGAAAUUCCGCAUCGUUCACCAUUCUGUGCCAAGUGUCCCCAGCGUACUUACGAGUCCACUGUCAGUACUCUCUACAAGUUCCCAUGGUACGCGACAAAGCUGUACACGGUUCAUGAGCGCAACCAGCUGUUUGAACUAGUCAACCGUCAUAUCCUGUCGCUUGUUUCUAGAAUGAAGAAGACCAACACCAUCGGCCUUGAUCAUAGAUUGCUGCGAGAACUUCUCUAUGCCGGUCUGAAUUGUCCAGCCUUCAACGAACGCCAGAAAUACACUCUUUGUGUCAACUCUGAGGAUAUGUCGGAGAUUAUCCGGUUUCCUGAAGCGGGAAAAUGGCAUCCGUUUGACUCUCUAGUCAGAAUGCCAUUGUUCAACAAUAUUACGAACAUGUAUUAUACGCAGUUGAUCUCGAAGGGCACUAUUCCCGACGUCGAAGUGGCAGGAUUGCCAAACAAAUUCCCUCUUGAUAACAUGGAUCUAUGCGCCCAAGCUCCAUACGGUCCUAUCUGGUUUGAGUGGGAUACGGAUGUCGCAACUGAGAUGAUAUGGGAAGAUGCCGUACGACUUGAGAUGAUCAUCCUACGCAACCUUGUCCUUAGUGGCUGGUUGGUUCAUGAGAAAGAGCAAAACUCUGCGAUAGUUGAACAGCCAUCUUCCUCCGACAGCCGUGCCGUUCACAGCAACGAGUCCCUCUAUUCUGCCAGCACCUUCAAUACUUCUCAGCCUCGGUCUCGCACCGAUUCUAUGUCAAGGGUUUCAAGGGUUGGUACCUUCGUUACUCCGACACGCCGCGCCAGCAUGGCCGCGAACAACGACAGUCCUUUUGCCAACACCGCCUCUUGGGAUCAGAGAUUCCUUCUGCAUCCUGCGAAAGCUAGGGGUGGUGUUUACGCCCACCGUAUCACUCAGUCGACACCC